AUGGACGAGUCUGAGGUAGAAAAGCUCAGGGCAGCGCUUCGCGCCGCUGAAAGACGUGCAGACACGGCAGAACAGCGUGCAGACUCGGCAGAACAGCGUGUAGACACGGCAGAACAGCGUGCAGACACGGAACGACAGCGUGCAGACACGGAACGACAGCGUGCAAACACGGAACGACAGCGUGCAGACACGGCAGAACAGCAGAUAGCGAAAACCUCCUUUCCUCAAUUCAUCCAGCUAUGCCACGAACAAUUUACCGUUCCUCUUCGCGUCGAAAGUAACCUCGCCCUCACGACAAUAGGAUCAAUCACCAAACCUCAAGCAAAGAAACAUCCAACCAAUCUUCGUCCGUGGGAGGAUUUUCCCCAUAUGCACCAACGCGUCUUUGACGCCGCAUACAAUGUCUUGUGCAAAGACGGCGGACGACCCUUGUUCCCCCCCAGAAUUGCGCUUGAAGUGUUUGGAAAUCUCUGUGGCCAUCCUCUCACGAGCGAGAAAGAUUUGGAAUCCUACGAUCGUUUUGCUGUGGGAAUGCAGGUACAAGAGGUGUUGCGGCAGCUGCUGUCUUCGGGUGACGCACAACACUUAGUGAAUGGAUGCGCCGGCGUUGAAUUUUCCAAUUAUCUCAACGCACUACAACAGGGGCAGGCAGGAGCGAGCGGAAGGCCACGACCCUCAGCGAUAGAUCCGGCGUGCGUCUUUCGAGACUCCGACGGGAAGCGCAGUCUGCUUUUAGUUCGUGAGUACAAGGCGGCGCACAAACUCAGUCCUGAGCACUUACGAGCUGGGCUUCGGCCAAUGGAUGUUCGAGACGAAGUUGUUCAGCGCACUACCAUUCCUAACGAUCCGGCCGGGAAAAUCCAGUACCACGCCGAUCGACUAGUGGCCGCGGCGGUGACACAGACUUUUGAGUACAUGAUCGACAAUGGUCUCGAGUACGGCAGUUUCACCACGGGAGUCGCCGAAGUCUACUUGCGCGUGCUGGAAGAUGAUCCUGCAACGGUCUAUUACUAUCUGACCGAGCCGCAGCUUGACGUAGUGCCUACCGACCCAAACGGUUUUCGAUACCCCUUUACUGCUGUCAGCCGGUUGCUCGGAUUUUGCCUCAUGGCCAUGCAUUCUCCUGUGCGAUCACAGAGCUGGCGGCAGUCUGCAUUGAAAAAGUUACACCUUUGGGUGGAAGACUUCGAGGAGAUACUCCGUCAAAUUCCGGACGACGAGCGGCACCAGUCACCCCAUGGCUCAGAAUAUUCCUCCCCUCAGUAUCCCGUCGAUCCUCGGUCGCCUUCCUUGUUACGCAAGCGGAAGUUGAUCCUGGAACGAGACGAUGAACAUGGGGCUGCCUCAUUUAGAUCCGACUCCUCGUCCGAGGACUCUGGCGACACCACCUCAGCCAUGCCUGAAACGCCAACGCGAGGCACCACGGCGAAGCGGAAGCGUACUUCAACGGAUAAUUCGUCUGGGCUUGGAGCGACGCUAUCUGGAGCAUCCAGACAACAGCAACAACAAACGAGGCCAUACUGCACCAUGAAGUGCCUUGUCGGCUUACGCUUACGGCGGUCUCUCGACCCAGCCUGCCCCAAUUACGCCCAACAUCGAUUGUUGCCAAAUACCGUUGUCCAUGAAAUUGGCCUCAACGACCUAGUCGAUCGAGUACGAUGCCAGCUCAAUGCUGACAUGGACCACAAUUGCGACCCUCUCGGCAUUCAAGGCGCGCGGGGUGUUUUGUUCAGGGUGACGGAGGUGUCUCACGGAUACACGUUUGUAGCCAAAGGCACCAUUGAUGAACUCCGUCAGCAUCUCCGCCAUGAGGGGCAAGUGUACCAGCGACUAUUGCCUAUCCAAGGCUCUGCGACUCCUGUCUACCUGGGGAAUAUCGAUCUCGACCAUCCUUACUUUUACGACGUUGGAGUCAAAAUUGUUCACAUGGUUUUGAUGUCCUGGGGAGGGUUUUCGUUGUAUGAGCGCUCCCCAGCUAUCGACGGCAGCUUGCUUGAAAGAGAGAAACAGCGAUCGAUGCGUGAGGUUUCGCAACUCUUGGUGGUUCAUGGGGACUUGCGGUUGCCGAAUAUGUUGUGGAACGACGAGGCGCAGCGAGUGCUUCUGAUCGACUUUGAACGUGCGCACCUACAGCCACAGAAACGGAAGAAAGGGCAUCACUCCGAUUCCGAGAUCUCGCCCUUAAGAGGCCUGGAGAGACAGCGACGUCGAGAUUUCGCUGCUGACCAUCCACUGCGCCUGAUGCAGAGCACCCCUCCUUGCACCUGA